AAAUUGAAGGAAAAAGAGAAAAAGGAGAAAAAGGGAAAACUCUCUCUUGCCUCUUCUGUCUUCAUAUUCCCUCUCCUCUUGACCUGUUUGGUUUUCUGGGAAAAUAGAGAGAGAACGGAGAAGAAAUUUUCCGGUGACUUUCAGAUCGGCGGCGCCGACGGAGAGGGACAGGAGAGAAAAGGAGAGAUGGCGAUGGAGGUGUCCAUGUGCAGCAGCAGUGGGAGUGGGGAGCUGACGCCGGAGGAAGAAAGGGUUUUGAUCAGAGACAUCGCCUUAGCCGCUGAAGCCAACGCCAAGGAAGGCGCCACCUUCUACCUCAUCACCCAAAGAUGGUGGCAGCACUGGAUUGAGUACGUGAACCAAGACCAGCCGAACAACAUGAACGAUGGAUCCUCUUUAUCAGAGAAUUGCGAUUCAGUGGGCUCGAGCUCUCUAAAGAAGCCCGGUGUAAUAGAUAAUUCUGACUUAAUUUAUGAUACUGCUUCAGACGACUUGAGUACGGGCAUUGAGAUUCACGACACUCUGCUAGAAGGUCGUGAUUACGUAUUGCUUCCGCAUGAGGUUUGGAAUAAGCUGUUCACAUGGUAUGGUGGUGGCCCGACUCUACCUAGGAAGGUUAUUAGUUCUGGUCUCUCUCAGACAGAGUUGGCUGUAGAGGUGUAUCCGCUGCGGCUUCAACUGCUUUUGGUGCCGAAGGAAGAUCGUUCUACAAUAAGGAUAAGCAAGAAGGAAACUAUUGGGGAACUUCAUAGAAGAGCCUGUGAGAUCUUUGAUCUAAACUCUGAACAAGUAUGCAUUUGGGACUAUUAUGGCCAUCGGAAGCAUGCUUUGAUGAAUGAUAUGGAUAAAACACUUGAUGAUGCCAACAUUCAGAUGGAUCAGGACAUUCUGGUGGAAGUCCUUGAUAAUGCAAAUGGGUCUGCUAGCAUGAGUCACGGAAAUGGUACCUUAAGGAAGGAAGCAUCUUCCAUGUUUGUUGAGCCUCUGAAGUCAAACUUAUCAAUUGCUGGAGGUUUAUCUGCCAGCAAGUUCUCAUCUAAAAGCUGCAUCUCUGAAGCGUCACAGAGUAGCAUGACUACUGGUGUGAGAGAAUCUGACAGUACAUAUGGAAUCAGUGGGGUGAAUACAAGGGGUUCAUCUGUUGGUCUGACUGGCCUGCUGAACCUGGGGAACACCUGUUUCAUGAAUAGUGCCAUUCAGUGCCUUGUUCAUACUCCCGAGUUUGCAAAAUACUUUCAGGAAGAUUAUCAUCAAGAGAUUAAUUGGCAGAAUCCACUUGGCAUGGUGGGUGAGUUAGCUCUAGCAUUUGGUGAGUUACUGCGGAAGCUAUGGGCACCUGGACGAACCCCAGUUGCACCUCGUCCCUUCAAAGCUAAGCUGGCCCGUUUUGCUCCUCAAUUCAGUGGGUACAAUCAGCAUGAUUCUCAGGAGCUGUUGGCUUUUCUCUUAGAUGGUCUUCAUGAAGAUUUAAAUCGAGUCAAGGAGAAACCAUACAUCAAGUCUAGGGAUGCAGAUGGCCGAUCCGAAGAAGAAGUUGCAGAUGAGUAUUGGGCAAAUCACAUUGCUCGUAAUGAUUCAAUAAUUGUGGAUGUGUGUCAGGGACAGUACAAGUCAACUUUGGUUUGUCCAGCGUGUGACAAAAUUUCUGUUACAUUCGAUCCUUUCAUGUACCUCUCCUUACCACUCCAAUUCGCCAGCACGAGGAGUAUGACAGUGACAGUUUUUACCUGUGAUGGAAGCUCUUUACCAUCUGCCUAUACUGUAGCUGUUCCAAAACAAGGGCGCUGCAGGGACUUGAUACAAGCACUUAGUAAUGUUUGUUCCUUGCAGCCAACUGAGAAGCUUUUACUCGCAGAGGUAAGAAACCAUGGAAUCCAAAGAAUAAUGGAUGACCCGUUAAUCCUAUUGUCCACCAUUAAAGAUGAUGACCAUCUCACUGCAUACAAGAUCCCCAAGUUAGAGAAAAACGCAGUUCAUCUUCGUUUGGAGCAGCGCUGCCAAGAACAGACUGCUAAUGAUUCCCAAACUAGAUGGAAACCCUGUGGAACACCUUUAGUAGCGGUUAUCUCCAGUGAUGGAAUGAAAAGAGGUGAUGUACAGAAAGCAGUUCACAGGAUGCUCAUACCUUUCCUUAUGGACAAGGCUUUGGGACAAUCUGUUCCUUCUGAUCCAUCAGACCAAAAUUGUAACAGUAGUACUAGUUCUCAACCAGAUACGUCGCCGAAACUACCCCUUCAGUUGGUUGAUGAGGAUAAUUCAUUCAUUGAUCUGUCAGAGGGAGAAGAAAAGUCCAUUAAACUUUCCUCAUCAUCAUUUAUGCUUGUGGUAAUGAACUGGUCAACAGAAUUAUCAGAGAAAUACGACACCCAGUACCUUGAGAACUUGCCUGAAGUGUGCAAAUAUGGGCAUGUAAGCAAAAAGACGAGGACUGAACCUCUGUCUUUGUACACUUGCCUUGAGGCAUUCUUGCGUGAGGAGCCACUGGUGCCUGAAGAUAUGUGGUACUGUCCUCAGUGCAAAGAGCGAAGGCAGGCAAGUAAAAAACUUGAUUUGUGGAGGCUUCCUGAAGUAUUAGUUAUCCAUCUGAAAAGAUUCUCAUACAGCCGUUCGAUGAAGCAUAAGCUAGAAACCUUUGUCAACUUUCCAAUCCACGACUUUGAUCUCACAAACUAUGUUGCCAACAAGAACAGCUCCCAGCGACAGUUAUAUGAACUCUACGCAUUGAUCAAUCAUUAUGGUGGCAUGGGCAGUGGACACUACAUGGCGAAUAUUAAGCUUCUAGAUGAGAACAGGUGGUACAAUUUUGAUGAUAGCCACAUAACACCCAUUAAUGAAGAUGAUGUCAAGUCGAACGGUGCAUAUGUUCUCUUUUAUCGGAGGGUGAAGACGGUUAGCAAUGGAGCAUAAUCUGUCAAUUGUGGGACGAGACAAUAUCAAGUACCAAAGAUAGAUUCAAGGGCAUGGUUCGGUUUACUCCAAAAAACAAGAGGGCGAGGAACAGGCAUCAAUGCGCAUUCCUUGGAAUAUCGAUGUCAAAGAUGGAAUAUAGUGAUUCCUGAAUAUCUAAAGUGAAAUUUCGUAGCACAAUUAUUAAAUCACAAUAUUACAUCUUCUGGGUGUCCCUUCUUCAGAUUCAUACAUUAGGGAUCCUGCAGCGGUUGAGAAUAUAAAUUAUAGAGCCCAUUUUUAGUCGAGAAGUUCUGCUUUUGAGGCUUUCUUCUUUUUGUCAGGCGGGUUGCCUGCACUAUUUACCUUAUGUUUUUGGCUCUCAAAAACAAUGUAGAGUAGAAAUCCUUAACCUUGUAAUUGAAAAACGAAAGAUCAUCAAUGAACCUAAUUAAAGCUUAAAACGACAAGUUUCCAUUGAGAGUUGAUAGUC